UGUAAAUUGUUUUCAGCCAAAAGAGUGUUAUAGGAUUCCAAGUUUUUUUCACGCAAUAUAUGCAAGUUGUACUGAAUAGUUUUUAUAAUAGCGUAUUAGAAGGAACAAGGAUAGGUGAGAAUUUGUAGCAUAAAAAUGUUAAUCAACAAAUCAGUUAUAUUAUUACUGGCUUGUCUUGUUCAAGUGAGAAGCAGCAGUCAGGUUGCACCGUCAAACACAUCAUGUUACGAACAACUUUCUUCAAAUGUUAGCAAGACAACCAGCAUGCCCCAAAAAAUGAAAAACAUUUCUCUAACCUUCUACGCAACGUCGAUUGCAUUGACCAUAUUUGGAUAUAUUAUUAUUCUCCCGCCGAUUGUUUUAAAGAAAAUACCAAGCUCGUGUUUUUUAAUUUCAUUGGCUAUCUCUGAUUUAAUAACAGCUCUCGUGAUCGUUCCUAUAAAAACACAUGAUUUAUUUGACAGUUCAAAAUGGUCAGCUAAGCUGCCAUGUACCGUCUUAAACUGCGCAAGUCUUUACAUCAUAACUGUAUCUAGUUUAAACUCACUCAUCUUAAGCGUGGAUAGGUUAACGUACUUCAGCAAACCGUUACGAUACAGUUUGUUGGUGACAAGACCAAGAGCUGUCCUAAUAUGCGUUCUUGCAUGGCUUUUUUCUCUUCCAACAUUUCUACCCGUGAUACGUGUUGGAUCAAAAACAGGGAAACCAAAAUUCUGUGCUUUCAAAUAUUCGAUGAGCGAAGUAUUUCUCCUCGUUACCGGUGCGAUUUACAUACUUGUACCCACUUUGAUCACAACGGCUUGUCAAAUAGCAAUUAUUCUAAAAAUUCGGUUAAGUUUCCGUUUGCAUCGAGGAUUUAUCGGUAACGCGAUAAUACACAACCAGGCGGUGCAAAAGCACAUGCAGAUCACGAUGAAACGGGAAAUGCAUAUACAACGCACAUUUCUGUUACUGACAAUAUUUUACUACAUCUGUUAUGUUCCUACGAUUUCAAGCAUACUCAUCUCUAUUUAUAAGCCAAUGUGGAUAACCCCUCAAAUUCUUGUUGUUAUAAGGAUACUGGUACAUUCCAACUCCUUCAUUGAUCCUUUAUUGAUGAUUCUCACUAAUAAACAAAUCAAAAGCUCACUGAAAAAACUUUUUUGCUCACAAAGAAGAAGAGUGCAAGAAAGAUUUGAAGGCGGAUCACACGACAUAUUUUACCUGUCAUCAACAAACAAUACGGUGACCGAAAGAAUGAGCAGUAUAUCGUCGCCUCGAAAGGAAUCCAAAGUACCACAUGGGAUACCGAACACUUGCUUGUGA